CUGCUCGAAAGAGGGGAAAGCAAACAAUUUUCAGGCCCGCCGCGUCUAGCAAAAAAUAUGAGAAAAAAAUUAUUAAAAAUUCGGAAAAUAGUUGAAAGUCAAGAAAAACUCAACAGAAAGGAUGUUAAAGCGUCCGGGGCCCCUGAGUCCGGGCGGUGUUGAGCACAUAAAACUGGAUAGAAUAAUUGCAUCAGUACUAGUUGGGCACUGUGCCCCUGUCCAUGUAGCUGGUCUGCCUUAGGGUGCCAUGGCCACAGGAACCCAGGGCCACCGUGACCACAUCUUGGAGAAAGCCAAGCUCACGCCACCUACAGGGAGGCGUAGGAGAGCAGAGGGGAAGCCGAAGAAGAAUUUCCCCUGCCAAGAGUGUCAGAAAGCUUUCAACAGUCUGGAGAAGUUGAAGGUGCACUCGUAUUCUCACACAGGCGAAAGACCCUACCGCUGCUCCCACCCUGACUGCACCAAGGCUUUCGUCUCCAAAUACAAGCUGCUACGGCAUAUGGCAACUCACUCGCCAGAAAAAAACCACAAGUGUUCAUACUGUGAGAAAAUGUUCCAUCGCAAGGAUCACUUAAAGAAUCACCUACACACUCAUGACCCCUACAAGGAGGCGUUCACCUGUCAGGAGUGUGGCAAGAGCUACAACACCAAGCUGGGCUUCAAACGCCACCUCGCGCUCCAUGCUGCCAACAGUGGAGAUCUCACCUGCCAAGUGUGCCUGCAGCCAUUCCCCAGCACCGGGGUUCUUCUAGAGCACCUCAAAACACACGCUGGCAAGUCCUCUGGCGGGACCAAAGAGAAAAAGCAUCGCUGCGAGCAUUGUGAGCGGCGGUUUUACACCCGUAAAGAUGUGCGACGCCACAUGGUGGUGCACACCGGACGCAAGGACUUCCUUUGUCAGUACUGUGCCCAGCGGUUUGGUAGGAAGGACCACCUGACACGUCACAUGAAGAAGAGCCACCCGCAGGAGCUGCUGAGGGUAAAAACUGAGCCAGCUGAUUUGCUGGAGCCCAUUGUAUAUGGCUUGGCGUCUGGGGCCAUCAAGGGUGAGCUCCCGGGAAUGCUGACACCAAGGCCGCACCAGCUCAACACAUACACAGGCCCCGUCCUGGACACAGAGCCCUUCCCUACUCCCACACACCCCUUUUCUUUAAAGUACCCGCUGGGCUCCAACUUUACCUCAUACACUGUCUCCUCACAGGAGCGGGAGCAGAAUCUAAAGGGAGAACUGGAGACCUACCUGAUGGAGCUGCAGAGCAGCAUGCCCUCCUCAUCUUCUGCAGCCCAAGAACCCCAACUCUCCUCCUCCAAACUUGAGUUGGAGCCUCAAGUGAGCGGGCUAGAGGGAGCGAGUGAGGAGGUGUCCUUGUCCAAAAUGUCCACAUCGGUGGCAGCAGCCACUGCAGGCGACUCUCUGGCCUCAUCCUCCUCUCUGAUGGACUUCUCACAGCUUUUCAACUUCCUUCCGCUCAAUGGGCCUCCAUACAACCAGGCAGGGGGCAAUGGGGGGCAGGGUGUUGCCUAUCCACCCAACGAAGAGCCUGCACCUCUCGUCCAGCUGCCCCCCGAGUCCUCGGAAGGCCCAGAGGCUGCAGAGAGUCCGCUUCAAGGGCUCCCUUCCUCCUUCAUAUCCAACUUGAGCACACCCACCACACUGCCCCGCUUCCAUCAAGCUUUUCAGUGAUCCAGUAUGUACUGCGCCUGGCACACAUGCACUCUCAUACACACAUGCUGACAUGCAAGCUACACAACCACACCAGCAGACAGACAUCAAAACAAAAUGCCAAUAACAUGUUUGAUAUUAGCACUUCUGUCCUUUAAAUAUCUGCUUAUGUUGUCAUGACAACAUAAGACACUAACACAUGCAUCAGACACAUAAUGAUUCGCACAGCGGUAGCACACAUACAUCUCUCCACACAAGGGUUGGCCUAAUCAGCUUUCUAGUAGCUACAGUUUGGAUGUCUUCUUUUCACUUAUCAAUCUUUUGUUUAAGUUGGCAAAUUACAAACGACUCCCUAAUGAUGUGUUAGGAUAAGAGGAGACUUAAUUAAUCCUGUUCUGCUGGAUGUAUAGGCAAAUAAAAAUUCCAAGUUCUUAGUUUUUUGCUGUUUGCUAGUUUUAUAACCUAAAUAAUAGUUUUAUAUUCUACUUUUUUGAAUGCCUGCAGGCUAUAAUAUACAUCUUUAAUUGCAGCACAAACAGUAGCUCUCAGUCAUGGGCUGUGUUCACACAGGUCAGCACAGCUCAGGCACUCACUUAAACAAAUUUCAGUGGAGCAUUGCUCUGAGCACCGCACCACAACCAUUAGUGCAAAAACAUGCCAUAUACACAUUACUGGAGCAAAACCUGUGUUUCCUGCAGUAAUGUGGACAUGGCUUAAGAGCGACAGUGAGAGCUAUGACAGUUUAAAGGUGAAUUAGUCUUUUGGGAGUUCAGGAAUUUUCACAUAGAUGAAUGAAAGUCAUUUGAUUACAGUGCCAUUUUCUUUUCUUCAGAAUAGCUGACCUUAGUAUGCAGAUUGCUAUGUAUGUUGUUUUUUGUAUAGCACCUUGAACUUUGUGAUGUCAUCAGGCUUCACAUGUGACCUUUAUUUUACAUCUUUCUUAUUUGUGGUAUGAUUGUAAAGGACCAAUCUGUAGUUCUUGUAUGUUUUUGUCCAUUUUCAUUGUUUUAAUACAUCAUAUAGUAUAUACUAUACACACACACACACACACACACAGUAAAUAGAAAACAUGCAAAAAACAUCAGUCUGGUCCUUUUGAUCAAUCCAUAAAACAGAAGUUCAGCCACAUUAUUAUCAACAAGGUACUGAUUAGGAACUACUGAGCAACAGUAUUACAGUUUUACAUUUCAUUCUGGAAGAUUUCAGGUCAAGGUCAAAUUCUUAACUCUCUGACAGUGGGAACAUUUUCAUAAAAGCUGAAAUAUGUCUUUUAUUUUGUUUCUUAUUAUUCCCCAAACCCCAAACCGAAGUCAACCAAACACAGACAAAGUUGGCUGCUAGCUGCUGAAACAUUUAUUUAGACAGGUAGCUGAAAAAAAAGAUCUGUUUCAACAUAGAGAGUGAGCUGACAUCAAUGGCUGUAAUCAAUGCCCUCUAAACACCCACUCCACUACAAACACAGCAUCCCUAGUUGGAGAGUUAAUAUCAGCCAUGUAUCUAGAUUAACCAGGCACCAGUUUCCACACAGAGAACUUACAAAUUGUGCUCUUGAUGCCCAUGAUACACAAACACAUUCACUGUUGUGCACCCUACCCAGUCAACCACUCAGCAGAGUUAUCUUUCAUUAGGAGUGAGCACUCCAGGCUCAGCGUUGCAUUGCUAAUUUUUUUGGUUAGUCUACUGAGCUGUUCCACUUUCCUCUUAUUUAGUCUGUCGUUUUUUAAUUUCAAAGGUUAUAUCAAGGACCACAAAACAAGCACCCCCACAAGGACAAUGGAAGUUAUUAAUGCAGAAAUACAUAAUCACACACAAAGUAUCUCCUUUAUUUCCUUCUUGUCUGUAGUCAAGCACCUAAGCAUUUAGUAGGAAACAGACUUCUAAGAAGUGUAAUUAGACUGUCUUGUUUGGGAAUGUUGGACUGAAACUAAAAUUUUUAGUUGGGGGGUAUGCGAAAGAUGCAGAAAGUUAAUUUUACAUCUUCAAGUCAUGCGUGUUUAUAUACGGUACCAAGUACCAUUGUAUUUUAUGUAUCAUAGAAAGUCAGCAAAAAUGGUGUGGAAAAAUGAACGAUAAAAAUGCAAAUUAGCGGCUGAAUUUAAUUCUUUGCUUUUUAGAAAAGCAAGAGUCUAUAUAGCCUAAUAUUUUCCCUGGAUCCUGACCCUCCUUGAUUAAAAAAAAAAACAAAAAACAAAACUGCAACAUUCCCUCUGACAAUACAUUGCAAAUAUAGCAUAAACAAUUUACGAUGAUGUACUCCAAUUUAAACAUUUUAUAUUUAAAGAAACCAUACAUUAUUACAGUGCACAUUUAUGCCUAUUAAAAGUGAAAUUUGCAAUUAUGAGAUCAGUGGCAAUUAUAACAAAAGGUUUGUUCUGUUUACCAAAUAUUGUAGCCAUGUUAUAUCUUUGAAGUGAGAACUAGAUAUAGAAUAGAAAUAGACAUUUUUCUCAUCCAGUGUGGAACAAUUUGGAACUCCUCAACUCCUCAUGAAGUCAAAUGUGAUUUUUUUCUUUUUCUUUUUUUUUUUGGUAAUUUAUCCAAAAGAAAAGGUUGUGAAACAAAGAAAUGUUAAUAGGAAGUAUUUUAUGAGUGACUGUUCCACAACUUGACAGUUUUUUUUUCCGUUCUUAAAGCCUGACUCCCAUAAAUGGUCAUAAAAACAUAAUAAUUUUUCAACAUGUGCAACGUGUGCAGAUGAUAAACAUUCUUUACUGUGCUCCGCUUAUAUUAAAACUCAACCUGCAGGUCAACCAAACCAAGUCCAGAAAUAAAGCAAAUAUACUGUAAGCUCCGAUAAGUUCGAAAAUAUUUCACUUUUCAGAAUCAGUUCAGCAGAUUGACAAUGAAAACUAAUGUCCACAGCCACAUAUUCUGCCUUCCUCUGGCAUGGCUCCACUUUAUGUUUAGAUUAAAAUGAAAGUCACCCACUAAAACAGAAAACACAUUAGACCCAUAAGUUUUAUUGUAAUAUAUUUUUCAUGAAAAGAAUUGUUCAUGUGAAAAGGUAAAUAUCAACUCUUUAGUCCCCACUCGGUCUUUUAAGAUCAAAGUAUUGCUAACAAGCUAAAAACAUCCAGUUUUAAGGAAUAUAUUACAUUAUAUAAUAUUGUGGUGGAAAUGCCCCAUUUUAGGAUUCUCUUGCUUAGCACACAAUCAAAGAGUUUGCUAUAAAGUGUUCCUGACCAGAAACAGUCUACACUGUCCCCCAUUGUGCCCCUUUAACUGCUUCUAGUGCCCUCUAGCAAGGCAUGUUGCCGAAUUGCUGCUUAUGGACAGGUGAUAGGGGACUGUAGUGUUGCCUGGGCAUCUCCCAGGUAUAAAUAUGUAGGACUGUAUGAAUGUGAAGCAGGACAGUACUGAAAAAUGGUUUAGAUUCAUAGCAAACCUUUUCUUGAUUAAAUAAAAGUAAACUUCAUUAGGCCAAAGAAUGCUAGAUUUAGAUCAGUUGUCUAAGUAGUCUUUCCUACUUAAAACCUUAAAAGACAUUUAAACACACACGCCCUCAUACACUCACUGGCAAAUCUCUUCAACAUGUUUUCCCAGCUGAACCUAUAGUAAUACUGUAUUUACCCAUGUAUGUAGUUGAGGCCUGGUUUGUAUAUCUGCUUCUGAGACUUCUCCUUUCUCACUAAUACUUGGGAGGUGUAAGAGGCUCCAAGCACUCAUAAAUUCAGUCCAGAAACAUAUAGGAAUUGUGUCCACACAAGUUGAGUCAGUGGAUGGGUGUGUGCCAUGUCUGACAUACAUGCAGGAUAAAGGAGUUUGCGUUCUGUCACAGACCUGCAAAUACAUUUUUGUUUUUGAUUGACCACGAUCUUUCCCCAGCCUGAACCACACCUGUGUUGCUUUGCACAGAGAUUGUAGAAAGCAAGAACUUUAAAAAUGCUAGUAUCAGAUCUGUGGCUUUGCACAAUUGUAUUAUAUCUACAGUCUUGUCUGGUGAUGGGGUUGGAAAAAUUCUGUUUAAAAAAAGCAUUAAUGUAUUAGAUGAAGCACAGCAUCAUUAUAAGAUGUUUUAAUUUUCAAAAUUGGCUGAAAACUAACAGUUUAAUAGUUAACGGUAUAUUCUGUGGACAGUCCUCAGUGACAGGGCCAGUGUUACUAGAAAAAAAAUGUUGGAUUUCUGAAAUGAUUUCAAAAUUUUGAAUGCUUUAAACUCCUCAAACAAAAUUUACCUUUAUUGUACUAGUGUGGUGGUAGAAGUCUCAAAACCAGAUUAAACCAAAACUAUGUACAUGAUAGAUAAAACCAGGGGGAAGAGAAAAUAUGUUUUUUCAAUUUUAGGUGAACUGCAUCUUUAACAGAAUUAGUCUUGACAUGGAUGAAUUGGUGUGAACACAUCUGUUAUUUAAAUUCUGAAGAUGGUAUUUUCUGCAGUCUGGGCUUCCACCCCCAGCCAAACUAUGGAGAGGGGUCCUUCUUAGCACUACCUGAAGCUUUUAACUGACAGAAUUAGGGUAAAAUCGAAGUUAUAUGAAGUGAAGUUCCACCAAACAUGGCAUUUAUUGCUAAUGAAACAGUGGUUUAGUCACAAGUACUGAAAAGAAGACAUACGCAGUAGCUGUAUUUCUCCCCAGAUGGGCCUUCAGUGCCUCAUUCAGCCCACAUGGUCACAAAUGCACAUUUCACCUUGUGUUCUUUCGACAUUAAGUCAUUCACAGAUGCCUCACUUCUCAGUCAACAGCAUGAACAUACUCUUAUUCAAAUCAUAAAUUGUGAGCAGAUGCUGUGCCUUAUUUUUAUUGAGAUAUUUUAACAUAUUAGCUGUUUGCUGUCAUUUAAAAUCAAUGUGGGAAAUACAAAAGGGCCUUUAAAAAAUGGCACAAUAACAUCUGUGAUGGAAUAGAUGCACACCACAUAUAUUUUAUACAUUGUUUUCCACAAUGUAUAAUAAUGUCACAUUACAGUAACAUCCUCUAACAUCACCUUUCGCUUAGAAACCUCUAGAUUAUGUUAAUGACUCCAACAUUUCUAAAGAUGCAUGCUGGAAUGUUGCACAAGACAUCUAGAAUUCUUUUUUUUUUUUUUUUUGACGGCUAUUAAAAAUAAGGUCUUGGUUUUGAAUAAUGUGUAUUAAGAGUGUAUAAACAUUAUACAACUUAAGUGAUGUGUUGAAACAAGCAGAUGCAGAUUUAUUAAGUGGAAAAGGUUCAACAUAUUUUUGCUAACAAAACGCAAGCAGAAUCAAAUAGUAAACUACAGUUAGCACUGAUGCAUUGCUUUGACAUGUCAUUAGCAACUGCCAUUACCUCUACUGACUGUGUUUAGAUUUAGAAUAUCAAAUGGCUGUGGUGUUGCUUUGAAUAGUUACCACAGUUGCUGUGGUUCAUAUAAAGUUGUUUAGUUUGGAUUAUCCUCAUUUAUCACCUCAGCACUCCGUACAUCACUCUGUGAUUUUUUUUUCAUUUAGUUUGUUUAAUCACCUUGGGCAAAAUAACUGUUCUGACAUUAAAAGAUCUCAAAAACAUAUUUAAAGAGGCAGACUAUUGUUGGAAAUCAGGAAAACUCCAAAUCAUGGAGUAACAUACAGGAUGCUGAGGUCGCAAAUGUUUGGGUUAGUUGCCAGUCCUAUUCCAGUUACUGUGUUUUCCGGCUGUUAUUAGUUAUGGGCUUAUGACUGUUGCCUACUUUCUUAUGCAGUUAAGAUUGUGCUAGCAAUCACUAGCCAACAAAGCAGGGCUGGUCAUCGACUGAAAUGUGUGUGUGUGUAGCACAUAAUCUUGUAGAUUUAGUUCCUGAUCUCAAUCAAAUUGGUAAUAAAAACUGAGGGAAAAUGCACACCUAUACUAGUGAGGUGCCAGCUCGUAGGCAUACAUACAAAGAAUGGGAAAGCUGCACACUCAUAACUCAUAAGCUAAUUUUAGACAGUGUUAUACUGAGGUUUGGACAACAUUUGACAAUUAGAAAAGUAUCAUGUGACCAAAGUUCCAUAUUUUGGUCACAAUUUGCAUCACAAUUUGCUGAUCUAGGCAGUGAGAAGCUGUUUAAAAGAGUAUUCUAAUAAACUCUAAUAAAUAUAUUAGAGUAAAUAUAGUAGGUAGACCUAUAGUUAAAAACUGGGUUCAUAUUUCUUAGAGUAUGAUAUCAAAAUGGUAUCAUUUUGGAAUCAGUAUCAAAAUGUUGGUAUCAUACAGACAUAUUUCAAUCAAUACCCAGCCCUAAAGACAACAUCAACUAACAUUACCUUGUGAGCAGUCACAAAGGCAGUGUUAGCUGAUAUACAUUGUUCCAUAAAAUAAAGAUUGCAUAUUUUAUUUGUAGAACAAAACAGAUAAAAUAGGGACUUUUGUCCCUAUUUUAUCUUUUGUUUUUAUAUGUUCAAGGGAUAUUGGACUGCACAAUAUAAAUGUGAACUUCACAGCUUUCAAAAAAAUUUCCCUUCCUCUACAGCAGUUAACAGAUGGUGCAUCUUAGUUACAUGAAAUGUUUGAUGCAUAUACAAACACACACACACACACACAUACACACACACACACACACACACACACACACACACACACACACAUAUACACGUACACACACAUAUACAUAUAUACCUAUAUGUAUAUAACCCAAUAGUGUUAUCAUUUACCUCACAUACUCAUGUUGUUUUUGUGCUCCGGGAUUUAAAAAUAAUAAUGAUGAACUAGAAGUGUUAAGCUCCCCAUUUUCCUUCCUGAAUAGUGGGACUCGAUGAGACAAUGAAUAGAGACAAUAUUUUUCUGGGUUGAGUGAAAUAUAGAGUUGAAUGUGUAAUGUUUCAAAGCAUUUAUGGAACUUUUCUCUUUGUAUCUUGUGAAGGUUUGUGAUUUUACAAGAGAUAUUAGCAAGCCUCUUUCUCUCUCUCAUAUAUAUAUACACAUAUAUAUGUAUAUGUGUGUGUAUAUAUAUAUAUAUAUAUAGUAAUAAUAGCACUUUUGUAGAUUGAAUGCCUUCAUUUCCAACAAUACCUUUGUUUAAAACCUUUAUUACAUUAUAGAUGAUAUAUUUUAGCUCUUUCAGAGAACAGUAACAUGUAAAUACAAUAUAAAUGUUUUAUUUUUACAGGUACAAUUUUUGACAGUGUUUUUCCUAUCAAAGUGUCAUUUUUGCUUUACUUGCACAAGUGUUCUGUGUAUCUCACUGAGGGGGCUUUUAUCAAAUGAUGUACCUUUAAACAGAUUUUUGUAGGUGUAGUUUUUUCACAAGGCCUUCUAUGACUUUUCAGCCGCUGGGUUAGGUGAGAGCACAGGCAAUAAUGAAGCUUAAAUGGACAGUUAUAGAGCACUUAAUUGUUUCAUCUUGUCAUGGGUUGUUUAGUUGUUGAAAAGACAAACAAGAUAUAUGUUCGGUAACUCCCUUGAUAAUUAUGUCCUCUUCUGUCAUCCUUUGACCUCAGUGUAACAUUAUGAAAAAAUAUUACUUGAUUUCGUAGUGGUUUCUGUCUGAAAGCUGUUGCAUGAAUAUACAUAUUACAGUCAGCUAACUGCAGUUUUAACUUGAUGUAUAAGUUCUAUGGACUGUAUGACAGAAUACAGAAGGGGGAGAGUAAAAGCAUAACUGUGCAUUGAAGUUGUAAGGAAAAAAAAAGUAGAUCAGAUUUGGAGUUUUGGAUCAGAUCAUGUUAAAAAUUCUAAAGCAACUCUAAACUGUCCAGGACAUAGACAUAGGAAAAACAAAAUGUGUCCCAUAGUCUCGUUGUGACCAGAGACAGGAGAUGCUCUUCGGUGAGAGGCACAGACCUUUAGCAAAUCAUGUCAAACUUUUUUUUAUAAGCUUCAUUGGUACCAGUGAACUUUAUUGAAUGUGUAUGUAAGAAACACUGCAAUACUGCAAUAUAUUUUGGUAUUGGAUCAAGCUGCUAACAUACUUCUAAAGCUCCUUAAGGUGCUACAGACCUCUUUUCUAGUUUUUAAAUGUAUCAUUUGUACAAGGUAUCCAGUUUAGCUGAACAGUUGGCAUGUGUGUGCCUGGUUGUACUAUAUAGCUACAUAUAUUUUAUUGUACUGUGAUUUUGUAGUGUUUUUACAGACUUGCCUGUAAUCCCACCCCCACCCACCACCCCCAAUCCCUUCCCGCCUGACUGUUUUGACAUUUGGAAACUGGUGGGAGAUUGCGCUGAGUGAAGUCACUCAGCAGAGAUGAAGACAUCAGUGCUGAUGCUGAGAAACACGACUCCAUGUGAUGCCAUUCAAAAUGUGCUGAGGAGGAAGUUCAGCGACGAACUGCAUUCCAGCCAUGUUGGUUUUGUUAUCCAUUGCAUUUCAAUAAUGCCAUCCUGCAACAAUGAUGGACUCAUUGCUAAUUCUCAAUAUUUUACUUCAAAUCUAUUUUACAAACUACUGUUGUAUUUUUAUAAAUAUAGGCAAAGUAUUUCACAUAAACAUAUAUAUAAGUAAAUAUAUAUGUAUAUGUUUAUAGGUUGUGUAAAAUAAAAAUUAAUGCUGCAGCUUUUAUCCGUUGUUUAAACAUUGACAUCAUCCAAAGAGGCAGAUUAUUUAUUGUCUGGCAGAGUAACGUGAUUUGACUUACAUACCUUGCUGCUAUGAGAGAGAAGAGCUGCAGUCGUCAACUCCAGUGUUUUUUACACAAUGUAAUGAAAGUUUAAUAAACAUAAGAGAAUGACCCAACUGCCAGUC